GGGGUCAAACGCCGGGAAUAAAAAAUCGCGUUUCCUCCGCGCUGCUCGUCGGGAGAGCGGCUUUUCGUGGUGGCGCGGGGCCGCACACAAGAGGUGACAGUACUCUGGCUGGGGAGCAGCAUCUUCACCGUUAAAAAUGGCACACAGGGAACGAGAUGGCGAAGAGAAGAUCUAUGGUGGCUGUGAAGGUCCAGAUGCUAUGUACGUGAAGCUGGUUUCUUCUGACGGCCACGAGUUCAUUGUGAAGAGAGAUCACGCACUAACUUCCGGCACAAUUAAAGCCAUGCUGAGUGGCCCUGGCCAGUUCGCAGAGAACGAAACAAACGAGGUGAACUUCCGCGAGAUCCCCUCGCACGUCCUCUCCAAAGUAUGCAUGUAUUUCACUUACAAGGUGCGCUACACAAACAGCUCGACGGAGAUACCCGAGUUCCCCAUCGCUCCCGAGAUCGCUCUGGAGCUGCUGAUGGCCGCCAACUUCUUGGAUUGCUAGACGCGCUUUGACCCGCACGGGGCGCUGUCCGUCGCUCCAUCGCUACGGCGCCGGUUUAAUUUUUUGUUGUGUUUACCACAGGAUUGUUUUUCACUGCAGUAUUUAACCUCCACACUGGGUUUUUGUUUGUAUCUGUUAUUAAUCUGGCAGUGGCAGCGUGGAAUUGAGCUGCGUAUAUAAUACAGUUGUUGUGAAAACCAAACUUUGAAAUGUCUUCUCCUGGCACAUUUCAGCACUGUAGUUACUCGGGUAACAUACGACACAUUUAAUGUCAUUUUAAAACAUUUAGCAUCGCAAGUAAUGUCACGUGCAUUUGAGUUUAUCAGUUUAGGAGAUGGCUGUUGAUUUUUUUCAGUCAUGGUAGGAGUGGCACAGAAUGUUAUUUAUAAUAGAUUGAAAUAUAUAUUAAAAUGUAAAAAAACAUUGCGUGUGGGUGUAGCUAUGAAAAUUUCAAAGUUUGGUGAUAAGAACAACUGUUUUUAUUUAGUUUUGCCUUCAGUCAAGCAAUAGUUAUCUCCUGAAAGGAACUGAUUUAAUUUUUAGUUUCAGUGGUUAAAGAGUUUUCUUUAGGUCAUUGUUGAUUUUUUUUCCACUAGGUCGUUGAAGCUCAUUGUUUUAUAAUCGCUUUGUAAUUCUGGAGUCAAUGUGUACACAACAAAGUCCCCCGCUUUGCCUAGUUUAAAAUUACUGAGGAAUGCAUGAACGUGUAACAACUGGACGCGAUCGCCUCACUGACCCUGCUAAUAAAAGCACUCGGUUAAAAUUUGUGACAGAUCCCCUUUCCCGCUGCACGCCAGAUGGGCACGCGCAUCUCGUGUUUGCCUGAGACCGCAACCGAAUUUGAUAUAGGCACUUGUAUGCACCCAAAGAAAUCCUCUGGAUUUCUGAGAAAUCCUGAUGCUUUGGUAUGUUUUUGGGAAAAGUCUUGUGGGAAGAAACCUGAGCACCCAGAGACAAUCCUCCCAAUAUGAAGGGAUCAGGUCAAAUGUCAGUUAUCUCACAUGAAAUGGGUGUUGGCAGCGCGCUCAUGUUGUGUACACGCCUGAGCCGGUGGUGAACAUUUUGCAUGUCUAUGGUGAGGGGGGAAAUAUAUCCGUGAAAGAAAAGGGGUAACGUUCUGAUGCCUGUUGGGUACCACUUUGUUUCCCACUUUUCCCUGUAGGUGGAAGUCUUGUGCACAUAAUUGCCAAUGACCUAUCCACCAAGCCUGUCUCAUAUUAAAGUGCUGCAUUAUAGGAACAUUUCACAUCCAACAUUGCCAAAGUGUGCAAAUAGGAAGGGCCUAUGUAUAUUUGGCAGACUUUAUUGGGAACAAGUCUGGCAAUGCCCAAACAUGCAUCUCAAUGUAAAUUGCAGUUUUCUGAUACUGCAUUGGCAGUAGGGCAUAUACACACAUGCAUCAAUAACACUUCCCGGAAGCAGAAAAGUUCUAAAAAGUUGACAUUUUGAGCAAUGAUCCUUUUCUGCUGUGAAGAAGGGAGCAUUCCCCAAAACGGCAUAUGUUGUAUAAUUUUUCCUCUUUCGGUGAGUGCUAUUGAGGAAUUUUAAUGUAAUGUGCUUUUUGCGCAUCAUAAAAGCAGUCUUGUUCCCGGAUUGCACCACAGGAAUGAGAGUGAAUUAAAAUGUGCGCAACAAGGGUCAAAGCGA